AUGCGGAGCUCAGCCGCACCAAAAAAAAAAAAAGUCACGUUUCAUGUGUUCAACAUGGACGGCCGUGAGUUCCUGAAUACAGUUUUCUACCGUAACGUAAUGAAUGGGGCGGCGGUGUGUGGUCGACGCCACGUGACGAUGAAUAUUCCAGCCAUUGCGGUGGAGUUUAUGGAUGUAUUCACCAAGCCGCCCUGGUCACAACCGCUGGCGUCGUUAUCAUCAUUGGAGGAGAAGGAGAAGAAUAAAGAAAGAAAAGAAAAAGAGGGAAAAAGUGGAGAUGCAUCCACGCAGGCGAGUCCUCUCUUAUGUGUACUGCAUUUCAAAGAAUAUGGAUGA